GGGGUCUGUGUAAGCCUCAUUCUGUUGGCAGGUUCCUUUCGGCAAAUACCUCAAAUUUGGGGUACAAAAUUUAAUUUAACUAUUUUUCUCUAGUAUUGCACAAAACUUACUAAAAAUGGCGGUGCGACCUUUUGGACCCGGACCUGGUGUCUAUAUGCUGCCGCCCACUGUGGGCUACGACAAGCAUGACAACCGCAAGCAGCGGAUGCCACAGUACUCCUUCGGCAUGCGGACCCGUGGUCUUGGCGAGGAUCCUGGACCAGGUCCGGGUGCCUACAAGGUGGACAAGCUGACCCGCUACGGGCCGAGCAAGGGACUGGAAUUCUCGAUGUCCCCCAGGACGAAUACAAUUGACAAGCGAUGUAGUCCUGGUCCCGGAGCCCACGAUGUCCACAAGAAGCCAUUCUUUACGGGGGUCACUGCGCCAUCCUAUUCGAUGGGUCUGCGAACGGACUUCAACUUCAAAAAGGAAGGUCCUGGUCCGAAUGCCUACAAGUACGAGGUGAACGCGGUUCGUCCUGGAGUCCCUAGUUACAGCAUGGGCCUGCAAACUAAAACGAUCAACAAGGCGGACUCCCCAGGUCCAGCUGCUUAUGGAGGCGGCGACAUCAAUGUGAAGCUGAACCGUGCUCCGAUCUACUCCAUGCAGCCACGUACUGCGAUUCCGGGCGAGAGCGUUGGACCCGGACCAAACUACUACGACCUCAUGUACUAUCGUCCUGGCAGGAGUGGACCAGGAUACUCCUUCGGCGUGCGCCACCACCAGUUCGCCCCGCCCAUGAUAGUAAGGUGUGACAACAUGUAAAGUGCAAUAUUAGAAGAAAUGUUCAAAUUAUCAGUGAAUAAAAAAUAAAAUUGUAAACUGUUUUCAAAA